AUGGAAGAUAGCUCCUCGGAAGCUAACAAUUGCCAGCCGUUGCUGGUUAAGAGGAUGAACGAAAGGGCAAGGUUGCCUACGCGAAGUUCACCCAAUGCUAUUGGUUAUGAUGUUUAUAGUUCCACAAACGUGGUUGUUCCUGCUCGCGGUAGAGCGCUUGUUCCAACUGAUUUGUCCAUUCGUGUACCUGAUGGUACAUGUGGACGUAUUGCUCCGAGGAGUGGAUUAGCGUUGGACCAUUUUUUGGAUUGCGAAGCUGGUGUGAUAGAUGCGGAUUACCGCAAACCUCUUAGUAUUAUGAUGUUCAACUUUGGCGACGAAGACUAUAUUGUCGUUGAAGGUGAGCGCAUAGCUCAAAUAAUUCUUGGAUGGAUAGAUACGCCUCCAGUUGUGGAAGUUUGCGGAAAUUCGGCUGUAAUGUUAAAAAAACACGCAUGA